AUAAUACAAUUGGGGAACAAAAUUGGCUCACCAACUACUCAGAAAUACUAUACAGAAGAGCUUAUUGACAAGACAAAUAUAGUUGUCAAAAGCUUUCCUGAUUACUUUGAUAACAGCACUGACUAUCAUGAUUCAUUCUUCGAUCAACUGGUAAUGAAAGAUAUUUCUCAGAAUGAUGCGAAAUUAUUUUUAUUGUCCAAAGCUAUGUUUGUACAUGAAUCAAACUGCAGAUUUCUCAAUUUCUCGGAAGAAGUCUACAAAACCUUUACGAAUGAGAUGUUUAUGAACAAUGAUGAUGUUUUCAUAGAUGAAGUGAAUUUCAAUGUUCGAAUUAUCUUUCCGAUUAUUCAAUCCUUAGUUCGAAAUAUGGACAAUAUGAGAUUCCUUCCAGGAGAAACUAGACUCAAGGCAGUCAGCAAAGAGUUGAAGCUUUUAUCAAACGACACGACGCAUUACUAUAAUGCAGAUGGAAUUCUUUCCUUGAGAUCCUCUAAUUUGGAAAUUGCUUUGUUGGAAACAACCGGGAAACUAAAUGUAGAGGAUAGACCGAAAGAAGUGAAAGACUAUAUCAAAGCUGGCUAUGGACUUGUCUCAAUGCUACAUAACAUUGGUCGUUUAUACCAUUAUGCUGAUUUUAAGAUCUUUAGAAUGGUAUCUGUCUAUUUCAUUCAAGUGACUCGUAAAUGGUCCCAUUGCUUCUGA